GGCAUGCCUUUCGGAUUCAUGAAUAAAAAACCAAGUGGAGUUAAGUUCACAGGACGCAGGAAAGUUCUCCGCAGACAAAUGUUUGGCGCUCUUCAUUCCGCCCAUGACCGAGUACACGUAGAAACCCCCGAGAACUGAGCUGCGCACUCGGAACGAGCACAAGGAGGCUGAAGAAGAGGCUUCUCUGAGGGAAUAGAGGAAGAGGAGCGGAAGGGAGAGAGAGACUGAGAUAGAGGUCCUAUCUCACUCUCCCAGUUGAGGUCUUCAGUGGAUCGCGUCGAGCGUAACUGCAGGACAAUGUCUAGUAAAGCGACUUUAGCCUUACUCAUCUAUGGAAUCAUAAUGCAUUACAGCGUCCACUGCUCACCUGUGGGGCUUAGCUUUCCCAGUGUUAGACUUGACAGUGAGGUUUAUGAUGAGGAUGGGAAUUCCUUACCGUCCCUGGAUUAUGACAGAGACCAAAUGGAUGUGAGAAGCCCCCCGUCUGUCGCUGACGACGUCUACUCUUUGUAUUACCCACCAGAGAAAAGAACGGAAAGGCAUGCAGACGGCAUGUUUAAUAAAGCCUACAGGAAAGCGCUGGGUCAGUUAUCAGCAAGGAAAUAUCUGCAUUCUCUGAUGGCAAAACGUGUAGGUGGGGGGAAAACACUGGAGGACAGCUCAGAGCCUCUGUCCAAGCGACACUCAGACGGGAUCUUCACAGACAGCUACAGCCGCUACCGAAAGCAAAUGGCAGUCAAGAAAUACCUGGCAGCAGUCCUUGGGAAAAGCCUUGAAGACAUAGGUUUUCACCAAAUCCUACAAGACAUAGACUUUGAUGCCCUCCCGGACGGGGAUGAGUUUGAGGCAUUUAUGGGAGACUGGCUGAAACAGUUCUCUCGCCGAAUUUCCGGCUUUGUGACGCAGGAAGCAGUUUGCGGCUGUGGUGCCUUGCAUCGACUUUAAAAUCGCCAUGAAUCACAGAUGGCUAUUUAGUGGCCCUACAAUGCUGCACAUCAUCAGCUUACAUUUCACCCUUUUGUUGUUGUUUUUGUGUUUCACAGACGUUUGAUAGGCUCUUUAGUAGCAUCCAGCUUAGACGUCAAGCGUUCUUGCUUGCACUGCUUUCUGUUGCACUUUGUUUUUAGAGCACUAGACGUAGAGUUUUGUGAAAAUAGCGGCACGGAUCAGUUUCCCGCUCUCCAUGAAACAGUAUAUGUAUGAUAAUGAAAGCGCCAAUAGCCUUACUAAAAUGAAAUAAUCUUCAAAGAUAUAUAUAUAUAUAUUUAUUGUGUAGAAAGUGAAUAUUAGAUUACUACUUCAAAUGGCGAUCUGCAAGGGUCAAGUCAAUAAAUGUUUAAAAAAAAAGUGUUGUAAGAUUUGUAUGAAUAAAUUUUUGUAAACAACAAAAA